AAACCAGCCUCGCGUCAGAGCUGAGCAGGGCGCGGCGCGGCGCGGCUGCCAGUCAGUCCCUCCGGACCUGCGGAGAGAGCCUCAGGCUGCAGAAAUCACCGCGCCUCACUCGCCUCAGCCUCAACAGUGAUCUGAGUCUGCUUUUAGCUUCCCUUCACCUGCCUUGGCUUGUUUCUGUUCAAGAACAGCUGUUUGGCCUAUAGAUUAGAAAAAGUGCAUCCCCUCCCUACUCUGUCCCAAGAGAUCAUCUUCUAAGUGCUCAGAGAUGAGUGGGGAGCCUAAUACUGCUGGCAAGAAAAAGAAGUACCUCAAGGCUGCCCUGUAUGUAGGUGACUUGGACCCUGACGUCACAGAGGACAUGCUCUAUAAGAAGUUCAGACCUGCUGGCCCUCUGCGCUUCACUAGAAUCUGUCGUGACCCAGUGACCCGCAGCCCCCUGGGUUAUGGUUAUGUUAACUUCCGCUUUCCUGCAGAUGCUGAAUGGGCACUGAACACAAUGAAUUUUGAUUUAAUUAAUGGUAAACCAUUUCGCCUCAUGUGGUCACAGCCAGAUGACCGUUUAAGAAAGUCUGGAGUUGGAAAUAUAUUCAUCAAAAACUUGGAUAAGACCAUAGACAAUAGGGCCUUAUUUUAUUUAUUUUCGGCUUUUGGGAACAUUCUUUCCUGUAAAGUCGUAUGUGAUGACAAUGGCUCUAAGGGUUAUGCUUAUGUUCACUUCGAUAGCCUUGCUGCUGCCAAUAGGGCUAUCUGGCACAUGAAUGGAGUCCGGCUCAAUAACCGCCAGGUAUAUGUUGGUCGAUUCAAAUUUCCUGAAGAGAGAGCAGCAGAAGUCAGAACCAGAGAGAGAGCAACAUUUACCAAUGUUUUCGUGAAAAAUUUUGGAGAUGACAUUGAUGAUGAAAAACUAAACAAACUUUUCAGUGAAUAUGGGCCAACUGAGAGUGUUAAAGUCAUAAGAGAUGCCACUGGGAAAUCUAAAGGCUUUGGAUUUGUAAGAUAUGAAACACAUGAAGCUGCCCAAAAGGCUGUGCUAGAACUGCAUGGCAAGUCAAUAGAUGGGAAAGUCCUAUGUGUAGGGAGAGCACAGAAGAAAAUUGAACGCCUGGCUGAAUUAAGGCGGAGAUUUGAACGGCUGAAAUUAAAAGAGAAAAAUAGGCCUUCAGGAGUGCCUAUCUAUAUUAAGAACUUGGAUGAGACCAUCAAUGAUGAGAAACUAAAGGAGGAAUUUUCUUCAUUUGGCUCAAUCAAUCGAGCCAAAGUGAUGAUGGAAGUGGGGCAAGGAAAAGGGUUUGGUGUUGUCUGCUUUUCUUCUUUUGAAGAGGCUUGCAGAGCAGUGGAUGAAAUGAAUGGUCGCAUAAUAGGCUCCAAGACAUUGCAUGUCACUCUGGGGCAAGCUAGGCACAGGUGGUGAGAAUUUCUAUGAGCAAUUUGUUUAGCCUUAGCCAGUGCCUACUUAGCUUGGGCUCCUUUGUGAUAGAGGUUAUUUUCUCUCAAUUCAUAGGUUUGCUUUCUUUCUUUUUAUUUUAUUUAUUUAUUUUUUUUAUGACACGUUCUUUUGGAAACAAAGUAUACAUAGAAAAUCUUGUUCAUUUUGGUGACAAACAUAAUUUAUAAAUGUAAAAUGUCAUUUUGUACAAUUUUUAUAAGAUCUUUAUCCUUAGAAUAAAAUUUAUCAUCUUUAUUUUUUUCUAAGUAGCCUGAAUGAGGAAAAUGAUUAUAUUUUCUUUAUUUCCAUAAUACUAAUUUAAUUUCCUCUAUGAAAAUAUUCUUAAGAUAGUCCUUAUUUCUGAUUCUGGCACAGUAAAAAGUCAACCAUUGCUUUUUAAAGAAAUCAUCAGAGAAAAAGUGAAUGGAUAGGGGCCACUUAAAAUUUUUCCGUAAUUUCAUUUUAAAUUAUGAUUUAAAUUGAAUAUUACUUAAAAUAUAUGAGGCAUUUUUCCUUUAUUUUUUUGUAUCUCUUUUUCUUGUAUCAAGUGCAAGUGCACACUACAGAUUUGUUAGCAACUUCGACCAACUAUUGGGAUUUAUCUUUAUAAAUAUCAUGUUAUUAUUUCUUAAUCAGUACUUCUUGAAAACUGUUGCAUUGAUAAAUACCUAUUUAAAAUGUGAGGGUCUCUUAAAAAUAUUUGCCAAAAGAUAUAAUAUUUGAAGUUACUCUAAAAGUAAUUCUUAACACUUAUUUACAAAAUGUGUAUAAUGCAUACAGGUAGACUAUGCUAAAUUAACAGAAACAUUUAUUAAUGUACUAACUUACUUUUACCUUUAAAAAUCUUAUACACUGCUGCUGUAAAACGAAAACAUGUUGUUUCUUGUCAUGUUUGAAUAUAUCCACUGGCAAACACUGACAUGUGUUUUAUUAAGGAAUAUGUUUUCCCUUAGUUAGGUCAUACCUUUUCAUCCAUUAUGUGAGAAUCAUCAACUCCAAAUAAUUCUUUACUAAUUCAGACUACUUAAAAUAUGCUGAUUCACACAAAGAAAAAAAAUGUUCUGCAGCUACUUCCUGUAUCAUGUAACUUCUAUACUACAAAUUCUCCACUUUUCACAUAGGGCAACCUCUUUUCACUUUUAAUUUAAAUCCAUGUAACACUUAACACCACUACCAAUAUGAUUGACAAUUAGAAAAAUAAGUAGUUUUUCAGAAACUUGAAUUAACCUUCUUAAAAUUUAUGAUUUACCCAUGCAGCAGAACCCAUCACAUGAACAUAUUUGAUGUCUCUUAUCAGCUGAUUGUUUUUAUUGCUUUACAGAUGAAUCAUCAUUUUUAUAAUAAUAUA